AUGGCAAGCUCUUUAGAUUCUGCACAGGAGCGUAUUUCUGGUUUGGAGGACUUGAUAAAGGUUUUUUCACUCAGCUAUGAAAACCUUCCCAGCACUCUGAAGACCUGCUUGCUGUGCAUAGCUACAAGUACAACUGUCAAGUACCAAAAGUUUAGAAGAGGUGAUACAGUUAGGAAAUGGAUCACUGAAGGAUUUAUCUCUGAAGUUGGGUGGCGCAGCAGCGAGGAAGUGGCGAACCAAUGCUUUGAUGACCUCGUUGGCAGCAAAGUGAUUCAGCCUGUGGAACGCCCAACCUUUUAUGGGAAGGGGAUGUAUGAGGUCAACUCCAUGAUGCUAUAUGUUCUUAGGCUGAUAUCACGAGAAGAGAGCCUGGUCACCUUUCUGUCCGACUUGGACAUUUCAGAGACACCUGCAGCGAGACCUGUCUUUUUGUCUAUCCGACGUUGUGGCUCAGACAGUUCAAACGGCACAGAAAGGUUGGAUCUGUCGCACGUUCGUUCUAUAACCAUUAUUCACUGUGACAAGGUGUUUUCAUUUAAGCAUUUGGGGUAUCUGCGAGUGUUGAAUGUGGAGGAAUGUGAUGGUUUGGACGAUACUGAUGUACAACACAUAUGCAGACUGAUCCUGCUGAAGCACCUGAGUCUGAAAGAGACACCACAAGUCACUAGGAUUCCUCCACAAAUCGGGAACCUACGACAUCUUGAGACUCUAGAGAUCGAGCUGACCCAAAUCAGUGUUCUCCCGCCACAGAUCGGGAAGCUGCAAAAUCUGGAGACACUGGAUGUAAGGCUGACACGAGUGAAAGAGCUGCCCAAGGAGCUCAUCCAGCUUCCCAAACUAGCAAAUCUGCAUUUUGGCCAUACUGGGGUGAGGCUACCUGCCGGAAGUGAUCGCUUCAAAUCAGUCAAGGUGCUGGGCACCAUUGAUUCGAGGGAAUGCUCGGCAAGCACCCUGCAGGAGAUUGGAGGGAUGACUGGAUUGAUUAAGGCUGAAGCCAUGUUGUACGGUGAGCCUGCCGACACGCCAAAAAAUGACAAUCUACUGUCUUGCAUGGGCAAGUGCAACUUUCCUCUACUUGAAGAGCUAAAGGUGGCCCCAAGAUUUGUUAAAAUUCCCGGGUGGAUCGCACAUCUCAGCCGUCUUAAGAAGCUAGAAAUCAGGCUCUUUGAACAAGGACUAAACGAUCUCAAGAUACUUGGAGGUCUGCCCAGUCUCACUAGCCUUGCAAUCCAGCUGUUUGGUGACCCACGGAAACAAGUCACUAUAACUUCAGGUUUCACCAGACUGGAGUUUUUCGCCUUCGACUGCUAUGCACCAUGGGUAAAGUUUGAGCAGGGAGCCAUGCCAAGUCUGAGACACAUCGAGCUGACACACUAUUCUGGCCCAGCAGGUAAAACUCCAGCAGGUAUCAUAUACCUUGAGAGCCUCCAGAAGGUCACCCUCAUCUACUCUUCACACUGUUCAAGUUGUGCUGGUGUCAUCGAGACAGUUGCUGUCAUGAGGAAGGAAGCUGCCAGCCAUGCUAAUCGGAUUGUGCUUUCUGUUAAUGGCGACGAUGAGAUUUUCCCAUCCAUCUCAAGUGUUGACGGAAAGAUUACUACAACCGAAAACGAAGAGUGUUAG